GUGAAUGCAGCUCGGGAAACAUGCUGAGAACUUUGCACCAGAGUCCGUUCAACUAUGUAUCAUUUUAAAGUUUCCAAGGUUUUUGGUAAAAUAAUCAUGCAAAACAACAUGUAGCACAUUAUUACCGUGAAUAAAACCUUGGAUAAUAACAAUUACAGAUUAAUUCAGUUGGUUUGUGUCCCUUCUGUGGCUUCUUGUCUGACAACAAAUUAUAAUUCAGACCCCAUUUGUAAAUGUCUCUUAAGUUUAUGUUUUAACUUUUUAAAGUUAUAAAUGGAGAAUAUUUUAACAUUCAGUGGAAUAAUUCAGCAACUCAUGAAACAAACGUUUGAGUUACAACCUUUACUUGUCAGCAAGCACAAAUAGAAUAGGUAACAGAAAAACCCGAUAAGUGUGUAUGAUAUACAGAGGUCUUUUGUGGAUGGUGGAAACAAUUGGUUUCUCCACAGUCGCCAUCAACUAUGUGUUGGAACCCACGGCCAAAAAGAAACCGGAAAUCCCAACACCAACACCAAUCAGUGACCUAAUGGAUGGGCUGCCCAUUGUACAGGGUCGGUCUCGUCCAAUCAGAGUGCUGAACAGACUGACUGUGGUGAUGUCAGACGCCAGUCAUUUUAGGCUGAAUGCUGCAGAGUACCGGCACUUCGACCUGCUGGCCGUUCAGCCGACCACAGAGAAACUCUUUCAUGCUGCUUGUCUGUUGUAUGAUGUCGACAUCAUCUGUAUCUCGCUCACAGAGAAACUUCCCUUCUUCUUCAAGCGGGCGCCGGUCAACGGGGCUGUGGACAGAGGUGUGGUGUUCGAGGUCUCGUACUCUGCAGCCAUCAGAGACUCCACCCUGAGACGCUACACCUUCACCAAUGCUUUCAGUCUCAUGGACACCUGUAAAGGAAAGAAUGUGAUCCUGUCUAGUGCAGCUGAGAAGGCUCUGGAGCUCAGAGGUCCAUAUGACGUCACCAACCUAGGUCUGUUGUUUGGUUUGUCCAACGGAGACGCAAAAGAAGCCAUUUCCUCCACUUGUCGAUCUGUUCUGCUACAUGCAGAAACCAGGAAGACGGCAAGCGGCGUCAUCUACACGAUGAAGAGCAGCAGUGAGUCUUCCUGCCAGGAGAGGGCACCACCUGAGUGUGAAGCUCCUGCAGCCAAGAGAGCCAAACCGACCUGACGAUCGACGAAGUGCUUGACGGCUGAUAAUGGUGGGACUCAAUCUGAUUUCUUCUGUUUUAUUUGUAACGGGAGAUAACGAACUUUAACUUUCAGAUGUGUGAUCUGGUGAUUUUUGGACAGAACAAAGAGCUUGGAGUUGCUGUGACCCUUUUGGUUUUUGUAGGUUUAAAUGCAAAUAGUGAGUCAAACAGGACAAAGUGUGGCAGGUGUGAAUGUGCAGACUGAGGGUGUGGUGCUUAAAGGAAGGGCUGGGGUUAGCCGAUGGGCUCGUUUUUACUUGUACUACUCUAAAUAUAAGUACAAAAUAUAAAUGUAUAUCAUUUGCUGUUGUAAACCUGUUUCUCCAUGUUGAUUUACAUUUUCUCUUUGAUUCACACUAAAUUUGUUCUCUGAAAUAAAAGAGCUAUUACAUA